ACAAACAAUCAAUGAUUAGUGUUGUCAUUGAAGUAAUGGUUGACUUCAAGAGCUAAACAAAACAAAACAACAAUAAAUCAAUUAUUAAAUUAUCAUUUGAUUUGACUCUCUAUUUGAUCCAAAGGAGCAAUGGUAUUGUCGAAACUGCCGUCUCGUGUGCCGACUGUGGCUCAUCAGCUGUUGUUGCGAUCGGCAUAUCGUUAUCUGUCGACUGCCAGCAGUCACGCCAAACACGAACCGAACCCCGAUUUGUGGAAAAAGCUGUUCAUCUUUGUCUGCAUACCAGCGAUCGGACUGUCGGGUCUGAACACGUAUUUGGUUGAGAAGGAACAUCACGAGCACUUCGAGCGGCCAGAGUUCAAGCAAUACGAGUAUAUGCGUAUCCGUACGAAGCCAUUCCCGUGGGGUGAUGGCCAACGAUCACUCUUUCAUAAUCCAAUGGUUAAUCCAUUACCCGACGGUUGGGAAGAGUUGCCCGACAAUCACAAAAAGCAUUGAGAUUUACUUAAGAUUACCAAAUGUUAUCUAUUGAUUAGUACUGUAAAUGAUUAUUAUUAUUAUCGUAACUGUAAUUCAUUUACUUUUAGAUUUAGUUGAGAUGUUUUGAGUCAAAGUUUGCCUAAAAUAUAUUAUUAG